AUGGCCGACGUCGCUGUCGCGGACUCGCACAGCUGCGACGAGUUCGUCGACGGCUCCAUCUUCCGCGUCAAGUUGCACAACUUCCUCACGUACUCGGACGCCGAGUUCUUCCCCGGGCCUCGUCUGAACCUGAUCCUCGGGCCCAAUGGCACCGGCAAGAGCUCUAUCGUCUGCGCGCUCUGCGUGGGGCUCGCAGGCAGCACGCGCCUGCUCGGACGUGCAGACAAAGUGGGGCAGUUUGUGCGGCACGAAAAGGCGAGUGGCUACACGGAGAUCGAGCUCUUCUUUGCGCGCAAGAAUAGGGUCAUUCGUCGCAAUAUCUUCCGGGACAAUAAGAGCACGUGGCAGGUCGACGGCAAGGACUCGACGCUCAGGGACGUGACGAGUAUCAUGGAGGCAGCGAGCAUUCAGAUUGACAACUUGUGCCAGUUCCUGCCGCAAGACAAAGUCGGCGAGUUCUCGAGGAUGAACCCCGUGCAGCUGCUGAAAGCAACGGAGAAUGCUGUGACCGACAGCGAGCUCGCUGCCACGCACGAGGAGAUUAUUGAGCUGCAACAUAGCAUGUCGGACAAGAGACGGGAACUGGAACAUGCGCGCGCGGCGCUGGGACUGAAGAAGAGUGAGAACGCUCAGCGGCAGAACGAGGUGAACAGGAUCGAAGACUAUGAAGCUCGCAUCGAAGAGACAUCGGUGAUGGAGAAGAAGUGUUUGUGGCUUGAGUUUGAGGAAGCCAAAGUUGAAGUUGAGACGCUGAAGGAGGAAAAGCGGCUUUGCAAAGAAGCUAUAAGCAUUGAACGCAAAGAGAAGAUCGAUCCGCUUGCGAAUCUUCUGAAGAAAGAGUCGAUCAAACUGGAGGACAUCAAGACGGAGCUAGCAGAGGUGGAAGACAAGAAGCGAAAACUCGUCGAGAAGAUUCGACAGGGAAAGAGUCAUAUCGACUCCAUGGAAAGUGCGCAAGAUCAAACCUCGAUCGAUGUCACAGAGCUGCGCACCCGGCACGUUUCCGCUCGUCGGAAACUUGAGCGAUUGGAACAUGAUAUGGUGGAGUGGAAAAAAGAGCGCGAAGCCAUGACUGACGACGCUGAUCUGAAAGAACAAAAAGAGAAGCUAGAAAAGCAGCAACGCGGUAAAAAUCUGGAGGAGACAGAAAUUCGCAGUAAGAGAGAAUCCCUUGCUCGCGAGCUCUCGUACAUCGAGAAUGAGCAGAAAAAGGUGCGAAGCAAGCUUGAGACACUCGAAAACGAGGACGUCCAGCGUCGACUGGCUCUCCAGAGGGUCGAUCCUGAUUGUAUCCGUGCAGCGGAUUGGGUCAAAAAUAAUCAACAUCGGCUGAAGCGGAAAGUGUGGGGGCCAGUUGCGCUUGAGAUAAAACUCAAUGAGACGAUUCAUGCGAAGUAUGUGGAAGACACUCUGCCAAAGUGGCUCUUGGGCGCGCUAGUGACGGAGUGUUAUGACGACUAUAACACGAUUCUUCACGAGCUAAAAAGCGGAGAUUCGGGUCGUCACAUCAAGGCCUCGAUUUUGAACGUCGAAGACGGAAAGUGCCAUGCGUUCAAUCGACCGUACUCGAGCGAUAAGAUAAACGACUACCGCGAAAGAUAUGGCAUGACAGGCUUCUUGGACGAACUGGUGUGUGCUCCGGAUAUUGUGCACGAAGCUCUUCGUGCGCACGGUGGUCUGCACACCGUCAUGGUUGGCUCUCAGCUCACGGAAGACUUUAUCAACAAAGGCGGUCACAUUUUCUCCGAGAUCGCGUCGGCAGAGAGAAAAGCGGCUUUUGUGACUCCGUACAAGAAAUACGUUACCUCAGUGUCCAAGUAUGGAAACCGGAACGUGACUACGCGCACAAACGAUCUUUUGAACCCUCGUCUGUUGGCGGCUUCCACAUCAGUCGAAGACGAGAAGGCUGAAAUAAAAAAAGUCCUGGAUGAUCUGAGCUCUAAGGAGAGGAGUAUUCAAGAAGAGACGGCUGACCUCAAAGAGCAAGAGAAGACGUAUGCGGAAGAAAAGAGAAAAGUCCAGCAUCGCAUCGCAGAAAUCCGCUCCCAGCGAAUGGCGAUAAUUCGCUUGGAUGACAAGAUUGCUGAGAAUGGCAACAAGAUAUACUCGCUGAAAAGUGAGGUCGCCCAGGACGUGUCAAAGAGGGAGGAAGUCUUGACGAGGAAGCUAAGGAAUCAGACUACGAAGCAAGCACAGCAGAUAAAGCGUUGGUUGCAGCUGUUGAAAGAUCUGCACAAGGUCACUGCUCGCGAGGCGUAUUUAUCACUGCAGCUCGGUACACAGCAAGUCCGUGUGGAUUUCACUGACCGAUACCUGAAGCAAAUGGAAGUCGCCCUCCGGGACCUCCGAAACGCUUACAAGCUUGCGAAAGAAAAGCUGCUGGCUAUAGCCACAAAAGCCAUGCAGCUGAAGCAUCGAGCAGAAGCAGAGGCGACGUGGGAAGCUUACGAAGAACGCUUUAACGAGCUUCCAGAUGACCUGGAUGAGCUGCGAGGCAAAAUUGAGAACAACAAAGCAGCUCUGGAAUGCUUUCGCGGUGACAAUAGCGUACGCGAACUGUACGAACGUGUGUGCGGCGAAAUCCGAGACGACGAGAUUCAGCUCGCAGACCUGGAAAGCCGCGUUGCUCGUGGUGAGGACACGAUAAGCGGGAUCAAGGGCGGGUGGCAUGAGAAACUCAAGGAAGUAGUGCAGCAGAUCGACACUUCUUUUGGGGACUUCUUCAAAAGCAUUGGUUGUGUUGGCGAAAUUUUGCUCGACGACAACGAUCCGGACGUAGCAAAAUGGGGUAUCCAGCGUCGGGCACAGUUUCGUAAAGAUACAACACUUUCGACCAUGACCGCCGAGGAGCAGUCUGGAGGGGAAAAAUCUGUCGGCACUAUCAUGUACUUGAUGGCUCUCCAAAGCCUCACGAAGUGUCCGUUUCGGGUGGUCGAUGAGAUCAACCAGGGCAUGGAUGUUUACAACGAACGUAAGGUGUUCCAGCGAAUCACCGAGUCGUCGUGUGGUAGCAAGCUGCCACAAUACUUCCUCAUUACUCCAAAGCUUAUCACGGGGCUCACUUAUCAUCGCGACACGAAGGUCAUGAUCAUCUUAAACGGGCCAUUCAACAACAUUCGGCAAGAGUUGUGGGACCCAGAUCAAUUCAUCGCAUGCGGAAAAAAAGCGAAGCGCAGAUCAGGCGUCUCCGGAAAUGGCUCCGCUAAGAAGCGUGCUCGAGCUUGA